AUUGUCAACAGCAAGAAAGAAUGAAAGGAUCUCUGAAGCUGGUGUCAUUUGAUGAUGUGGCUGUGGACUUCAGCUGGGAGGAGUGGCAAGACCUGGAUCAUGCUCAGAGGACCCUGCAUAGAGAUGUAAUGCUGGAGACCUACAGCAACCUCUUGUCCUUAGGACACUGGGUUCCUAAACCUAAAUUGAUUGCCAAGCUGGAGCAAGGUGCAGAACCAUGGAUAAGAGAAGCCUCAGACAAGAAUCUCACAGAUGUCCAAGAAAAGGAGUACAGGACUAAGACCAGUCAGGAGAAUCCCUACGAUUGUCUGUCUGAAGUCGGAGUCAUGAAUACUAACACAGGGGAGAAAAAUGUGAAAUUAAUACCAACUUUUAAUUUGAGAUCAAAACCUAAGUCAGAGCUGAUUAGGAAUAAUGGGAAUUCCUUAGGGAUAAAGACAAAGGAGUUCAGGCAGUGUCAGAACAUGCUUCUCCAUGGUGAGCCUGACGGGAUGUGUGCCUCUUAUAGUCCUGGAGUAUCUCCUGUAGCUAAAGAAUCUAACCAAUAUGGACAUUCUUUCACCCGGAAGACACACCUUACUGUCCAUCAGAGAACACACACAGGAGAGAAACCUUAUGAAUGUAAUGUGUGUGGAAAGUCUUUCAGCCAGAAGACACACCUUACUGUCCAUCAGACAACACACACAGGAGAGAAACCUUAUGAAUGUAAUGUGUGUGGAAAGUCUUUCAGCCGGAAGACACACCUUACUGUCCAUCUGACAACACACACAGGAGAGAAACCUUAUGUAUGUAAUGUGUGUGGAAAUUCUUUCAGCCGGAAGACAACCCUUAAUGUCCAUCUGACAACACACACAGGAGAGAAACCUUAUGAAUGUAACCUGUGUGGAAAGUCUUUCACUCGGAAGGCACAGCUUACUCUCCAUCAGCUAACACACACAGGAGAGAAACCUUAUGAAUGUAAUGUGUGUGGAAAAUCUUUCACCCAAAAGACACACCUUACUGUCCAUCAGACAACACACACUGGAGAGAAACCUUAUGAAUGUAACCUGUGUGGAAAGUCAUUCAGCCUGAAGUCAUACCUCACUGUCCAUCAGAGAACACACACAGGAGAGAAGCCUUUUGAAUGCAUCAAGUGUGGGAAGUCUUUCACCCAGAAGACAAACCUUACUGCUCACGAGAGAACACACACAGGUGAGAAACCUUAUGAAUGUAACCUGUGUGGAAAGUCUUUCAUGCGGAAGUCUAAACUUACAUAUCAUCACAGAAUACACAUAGGAGAUAAACCUUAUGAAUGUAAUGUGUGUGGAAAGUCUUUCAUCCAGAAGGCACACCUUACUGUCCAUCAGACAACACACACAAGAGAGAAACCUUAUGAAUGUAAUGUGUGUGGAAAGUCUUUCAUCCGGAAGGCAAACCUUACUUUUCAUCAGAAAAUUCACACAAGAAAGACACUUUAUGAAUGUAACAAAUGUGGAAAAUCUUUUCACUUGAAGGCAUAUCUUACUGUCCAUCAACGAACACACACAGGAGAGAAACCUUAUGAAUGUAACAAAUGUGGGAAGUCUUUCACCCAGAAGACAACACUUAAUGUCCAUCUGACAACACACACAGGAGAGAAACUAUACAAAUGUAAUAUAUGUGGAAAGUCUUUCACCCAGAAGACAACCCUUAAUGUCCAUCAGACAACACACACAGGAGAGAAACCUUAUCAAUGUAAUGUGUGUAGAAAGUCUUUCACCCAGAAAGGAAACCUUAGGAUCCAUCAGACAACACAUACAGGAGAGAGACCUUAUGAAUGUAGCAGGUGUGGAAAGGCUUUCGCCCGGAAAACAUGCCUUACUAUCCAUGAGACAAUACACACAGGAGAGAAACCUUAUGAAUGUAAUGUGUGUAGAAAGUCUUUCGCCAUGAAGUCACAACGUACUGCCCAUCAGGCAACACAUACAGGAGAGAGACCUUAUGAAUGUAGGAGGUGUGGAAAGUCUUUCACCAAGAAAAUCGGCCUUACUUUCCAUGAGAGAAAACACACAGGAGAAAAACCUUAUGGAUGUAGCUGGUGUGGAAAGUCUUUCAUCAGGAAGUCAAUCCUUAAAUCACAUCAGAUAAUACACACAGGAGAGAAACCUUAUGAAUGUAUGGACUGUGGAAAGUCUUUCAGGUGGAAGGCAGCCCUUAACAUCCAUCAGAUAAUGCACACAGGAGAGAAACCUUAUGAAUGUAACAGCUGUGGAAAGUCUUUCACCAGGAAGGUAUACCUUACUGACCAUCAGAGAACACACACAGGAGAGAAACCUUUUGAAUGUAACCUGUGUGGAAAGUCAUUCAGCCACAGGGGAAACCUUACUGUCCAUCGGAGAACACACAGGAGGAAAACCUUGUGA